AUGCAGUAAAGAAAAAAACUCAACUUGAAUGCUAGUGCUUUCUCUUGUGAAAUAAAUGAUCCUUAAAUAAAUUCCAAUAACCAACCAUCUCAAUCUACAAAUUUCUAACCUGAUGUUAAAUAUGAAAAUCAAGAAACUAAUUAAUUUAGAUAUGACUAUCAUUAUGCCUAUCAUUAUACUGAUCAAAAUAGAUAAAAUACGAAUUUUUUUUAUCAGAAAAAAGCUAACCAAUAGUCAAAAAGAAUUGAAUAAAAUGAAAAUAGAUUAUAAAUUAAAAACAAUAAAUUGGACUUGUAAGAUAACUGCAAAUAAGAAUAGAAGGAAAAAUAAAGUUAAAAAAUUGAAAAACAGAUAAAGAAUAAUAAGGCUUAAUAAUCUUAAGUGGAAUCAUAAGAUUAAUAGAAAAUAAUAAAAUAAGAAAAAUUAGAAGCUCCAGAAGAACCUAAAUAAUUAGUAUUAGGUAUAAAAAUAGAAAUUAUGAUUAGACCCAAAACUUGGAUAUUGGACUUAUAGUUAAAAAGAGUAUGAGGAAUUUAAUAAGUAGGUCAAAGAAUAUUAAAUUAAGAAAGCUGAAUAUGAUGAACGUAUUAAAGGAUAAAGAAUGCUUGAAUAGAGGAAAAGAAUGGAGAAGUUUUCUAAAUUAAAAGAGAAAAAACAGAAAAGGAAUAAUUUAUUAGGAAUGAAGAAAAUUAAUUAAUUGAUAAGAGAAUUAAGAAUUUAAUACAAAUAAUAUGUGAGAAGAGAGAAAAAAAAAUAAUUUGGUUAUGUUUUAGAUGAUAAUGAUAAUAUUUAAAUAGUAGAACAAGAGAAGAAAAAGAAAAAAUUAUCAAAAAUUUAAAAAGCCAAACAAUUAUGGGAUAAUUUAAAUGAUCCUGAUUAUGAAACAGUUGAUGAAGAUUAAAUUAAGUAGGAUGACUAAUAGUUAAUUACAAUAUUAAAUUAGUUAUCAAAAAUAAAUCCUUAUUCUAAGGAAAAAUAUAAUAAUAUGAAAAUUAGACCUUGGAUUACUUAAAUUCCUUGUAAAGAAUUAGAUGACAUGACAUUGUAAUUUAUAAAUGAACUAAGUUUUAUGUAAGCUAAAAAGAAGGUAAUUGAACCAAAAAAAAUGAAAAAGAGAGUUGUAGCAGGAAUAAAGGAAUGUUUAAGAAGUAUUUAAUAUACAUUACCUGAAAAAUCUUCAAAAUUAAUAAUAGUACCAAUAGGAAUUUAAGAGUGCCCAAUUAAAAGUAAUUAAAAAUGAAUAUAAUUUCAGAUGGUCCAGAUCAUCAUAUUUUAAAGAUCUUAAAAGAAGGCUACAACAAAAAUAUUCCGAUUAUCUUUGCAAGUACUCGAUCAAAGCUUGGAAGGGCUUUUAGUGGGAAAUUUGGGCCAAAAAUAAGUGUGAUAAGUGUAAUUAAUUACUAAAAUAUGGAAGAAUAAUUUACUAAAUUAAUAUAACAAAGUGAGUAGUAGAGAGAGUAAUUCAGAUAACUAUAUGGGGAUAUUAAUGUUAUUGAAUAUAUUAAUUAAAUAUGAG